UCACUUCUCUGCAGAAGAAAGAAGACCUAUAGUAUCAUGUAGUGUAUGGCUCGUGUUGAUCAAAUCAUAUCCGUUGAAUAGGGUCGUUAUAACCAGUGGCGCAACAAACAGUAAAAUAGUAGGUGGGGCUAUAUCCCUCCUACCACAAACUUUAGAGAACUCCCAUGACAGGCUGCUUACAGUGUGACUAAGAGCUGUUGCCGCCAAAGUUUCAAACAUAACGCCACAACGCGCCUUCUGAACCAAUUGCAUCUGAAUUGAAGAUACUACAGUCCAGACAGCUGUAACGAAACGUUCGAGUUCAAGAAAAAUAGACCAAAUAUCUAAAAAAGAAAAUGUCUCCCACGCCGCCGAAGAGAGCAGGUCCUAGUCUCUUAAACGACACUAUGGACAAGACAAAACGAAUUUCAAUAGAAGGCAACAUUGCGGCGGGCAAAUCUACAUUCGUGCGCCUUCUGGAAGAGCAGAGCAAAGACUGGGAAGUAGUGCCCGAACCCAUCGCCAGGUGGUGCGAUGUACAAACACAACACAGCGAGUUUGAGGAGCUGACCGUGUCCCAGAAGAGUGGUGGUAACGUGCUGCAGAUGAUGUAUGAGAAGCCAGAGAGAUGGGCCUACACCUUCCAGACCUACGCUUGCAUGAGCAGGGUCCGCGCCCAGAUGAAAUCCACCCAUGGGAAGCUCAGAGAGGCAGAGAACCCAGUGCAGUUCUUCGAGCGCUCCGUCUACAGUGACAGGUACAUCUUUGCGGCAAACCUGUAUGAGAGUGAGUGUCUGAACGAGACAGAGUGGUCCAUCUACCAGGACUGGCACGGCUGGCUCCAUAAACAGUUUGGAAAACACAUCGAGCUGGAUGGCAUCAUCUACCUCCGAGCCGCACCAGAGAGAUGCAUGGAGAGGCUGCAUCGGAGAGGCAGAGAGGAGGAGCAGGGCAUUCCACUGGAGUACCUGGAGAAACUUCACUUCAAACACGAGAGCUGGCUGCAGCACAAAACCAUGUGUUAUAAGUAUUUGAAUAACGUGCUUCUGACGCUAGAUGUUAACGAAGAUUUCCAAGAGUUGACAAGGUCAAGGGUGCGGACAUGGGUGGAAAAGGUCAAAGAGUUUCUCAGUACCUUGUAAACAUUAGCUGAUGACAUCACAUCCUGCACUGAAGGGGAGCCAGAUGUGAGGAGACAUGUGGAACCUGACACGCUUUUUUGUAAUGAAUGAUUUUGAUUAUUUGUAUAUAUUAUUUUUACAGAAUUUUAAAUGUUUCGCACUGCAUGGGUACUAUAAUGAUUUUGUAUAGCUUGGUUUCACUUUCAUGGCGUGUGGUGUUGUUAUUUAAGCAAUAUGAAUGAGAAGGGGAGAAAACAUUGAUAUGUAUUUCAUCAUUGGUAAUCAUUUGGACGGUUUAAUGAAAACCUAAAAUAAAAUAGGCCUGCCAGUAUGAGGGAACCUAA